AUGUCUCAGGGACACAACCUCAGCAAUCAUACCUGUGGAAUAGAGGAUCAAAACCUGUCUCUCUUUCUUCCCAUCACUUACUUGGUCAUUUGCAUUUCUGGGCUCCUUAGCAACACCAUCAGCAUCUUUGUGUUCUUUCUUCGGCGUCAUGCUGACAGCUCCAUGGUGGUGUACAUGCGGCACCUUGCUCUAGCCGACUCGCUGUUGUUCUUGUGUCUGCCCUUGCGAAUUUACUACCACAACAAAGAGGGACCCUUCUUCUUGUGCAAAAUAGUGGGUGUCUUCUUUUACAUCAACAUGUAUGCCAGCAUCUCCUUUCUCAGCCUGAUUAGUCUGGAUCGCUACCUGAAGGUGGUCAAGGCAGUCUGGGUCUUCCGCUUACAAAAGACCCUGUGGAGCCGCAUAGCCAGCUACACUGUCUGGGCCAUCCUUGUUUUAGGAACCAGCCUGUUUUUUGUAAGUAACAAGCAGGAGCACCCAUGCGACAAGAUCUGCUUCCAUUUCCAUGAUAAAGGGCAGUUAGCGGGUGGCAUCAACUUGUUUGUGGUUGCCCUUUUCGUUGUGUUUUUCCUGGGCAUAAUGUUCUUCUAUGUAAAUAUAGCUCUGAAGCUCAAAACUAUGGAAAUGAACAAGGGUGACACAAACGCACAAAAUCGCAAGAAGCAUCUCGUCAUGAAGACUUUCGUGGUACCAGUAAUAUUCACACUGUGCUUUCUCCCGUACCAUUUGGUGCGAGUGCCAUAUGUUCUGGCUCAGAUGAACGUAAUCCAGGAUCUAAACAGGAAGCAACAGUUGCACCACUGGAAUGAGAUCACGCUACUUAUAUCGACUCUUAACAGCUGCCUGGACCCGAUUAUAUAUUACUUCUUGUCUAGUAUGUACAGGAAGACGAUUCUAUGUGCCAUCCAGGGCAAGUUUAAAAACAUGUAUGAUGUAAACAGAAGGCGGAUCAGCAUCAAUCGAUCGAUUACAGAAAUCUAG